UCCUGCAGGCAGAGGUGACCUUCAGUUUCACCACCGGAGGUCUUCUCACACUUCUGAACGCAAGGACAGGACCAGGGCUUAGGUUGUGUGUUUGAACGCUGACUAAAGACUUGAGCAGAAGGGUGGCUUGUCCACCAGGACACCCGGAGAGACACUCAUGUUCAGGCCAAGCCAGGUUAGCUGGCCUGUACCGAGACUUCUCAACGCCUGUUUUCUUGGCAGCUCUACAGAGCCUUCAUCUCUAUCCUAUACUGCACUCGGCUGUCUUCCCCUUCUGUCUUGUGACAGGAGACAGCUGCAGUUGCCCAGCCCAGCUAUAAAAAGCCCUGACGGCCUAAGUGAGCAGAGGACGUGCAGCGGACACCCAGGGUACCUCUUUGGGGCCAAGGAAGGAGCGCAAACCUGAGAAUCAUGCCAAGGCUCCCCCCUGUCCUGAAGCUGCUCCAAGCUUCUGUGAAGUCUACAGUGGUUCCCAAAGCCCAUAUCUCUGCCAAAGUAGCCAAAGCCCCCACUUCCGCUAUGGAGCAGGCUGUGGGAAUCACGGUCAUAUUCGUCAGCCUCUUGGUUCCUGCAGGAUGGGUCUUAUCUCACUUGGAGAGCUAUAAGAAAAGCUCCACAGCAUGAAGUGGCAGAGCCCUGAAAGAUUAAACUCUUCCAUCUACCUAC